AUGUCAUACGACGAUAUUGAAAAUGCUACUCCUGAUAUUGUAAUUGGAAGUACUAUUGAUGAUCAAGAAGAAGAUUAUGAAAUAGAAAGUGAAAAUGAAAAUGAACAUGAAUUACAAAAUAAUGAAGAAAUACAAGAUAAUAAUAUCAAAACCAAAAAAUCAGUUGCAUUUGCAGGUUUAAAUGAUGAAAAUGAAAAAGCAGAAGAAUUAGCAAGAAAAGAAUUUGAAGAAGGUGGCGGAUUACCUGAACAACCAGAAAAUCCAAAUUUUAAUGAAUUAACUCCAUUAUCACCAGAAAUCAUAAAUAGACAAGCAACUAUAAAUAUUGGUACUAUAGGACAUGUUGCUCAUGGUAAAUCAACUGUUGUUAAAGCUAUAUCUGGUAUUCAAACUGUCCGUUUCAAAGAUGAAUUGGAAAGAAAUAUUACUAUUAAGUUAGGUUAUGCAAAUGCAAAAAUUUAUAAAUGUAGUAAUGAAGAAUGUCCAGAACCAGAUUGUUAUAGAAGUUUCAAAUCAGAUAAAGAAGUUCAUCCAAAAUGUCAACGUCCAGGUUGUGAUGGUCGUUAUAAUUUAUUAAGACAUGUAUCAUUUGUUGAUUGUCCAGGACAUGAUAUAUUGAUGAGUACAAUGUUGUCAGGAGCUGCAGUUAUGGAUGCUGCUCUAUUAUUAGUUGCAGCAAAUGAAAGUUGUCCACAACCACAAACUUCAGAACAUUUAGCAGCUAUAGAAAUUAUGAAAUUAAAACAUGUUAUAAUUUUACAAAAUAAAGUUGAUUUAUUGAGAGAAGAAUCGGCAUUAGAACAUCAAAAAUCAAUUGUUCAAUUUAUAAGAGGUACUAUUGCUGAUGGUGCACCAAUAGUUCCAAUUUCUGCACAAUUAAAAUAUAAUAUUGAUGCAGUUAAUCAAUUUAUUGUAAAUUCAAUUCCGGUACCAAUGAGAGAUUUUCAAGCAUCACCUAAAUUAAUUGUUAUUAGAUCUUUUGAUGUUAAUAAACCAGGUGCUGAAAUUGAAGAAUUAAAAGGUGGUGUUGCUGGUGGUUCUAUAUUAACUGGUGUUUUUAAAAUUGGUGAUGAAAUAGAAAUUAGACCAGGUAUUGUAACAAAAGAUGAACAAGGUAAAAUUCAAUGCAAACCAAUUUUUUCAAAUAUUGUUUCAUUAUUGGCAGAACAUAAUGAUUUGAAAUUUGCUGUUCCUGGUGGAUUAAUUGGUAUUGGUACAAAAGUUGAUCCAACAUUAUGUAGAGGAGAUAGAUUAGUUGGUCAAGUUGUUGGAGCAAAAGGUAAUUUACCAUCAAUUUAUAGUGAUAUUGAAAUUAAUUACUUUUUAUUAAGAAGAUUAUUAGGUGUUAAAACUGAAGGUCAAAAACAAGGCGCUAAAGUUCGUAAAUUAGAAGUUGGUGAAGUUAUAAUGGUUAAUAUAGGUUCAACUGCAACUGGUGCUAGAGUUGUUGCUGUUAAAGCUGAUAUGGCUAGAUUACAAUUGACAUCACCAGCAUGUACAGAAAUUAAUGAAAAAAUUGCCUUAUCAAGAAGAAUUGAAAAACAUUGGCGAUUAAUAGGUUGGGCUACAAUUAAAAAAGGUACAACUUUGGAACCAAUACAAUAG